ACACAAAUCCAUGUACUUCCCAUCAUUCCCAUGGUAGGACAACGACUGCAGCGCCAGAGUUCCCUCUAGUAAUUUUGUAGGAAACUCUAUGGGUAUAAUAGCAAGAGCUUUAUGGCGCAACCCACCGCCCCGUUUUAAAGGGGACGUUCAUAACAUCCAUCCAUUUAUUCAUCUGCUUCAAAGGAUUGAGCCUUAUUCAUCCAUCCACGCAUUUAUCCAAGUGCUGCCAUCUCUGGGAAGUCGGACACACUGACAGCACCAUAGAUCCCCGACGUGCAGAGGGUGUACUGCUCAAAAACAUUGACCGUCUCGGGGGCCUACCACCACACACACACACAACAACGGGUGUAUUACAUACCACGCGCUCAGUGUGGGCGGUUGGAGGCCGAAAUGUGUUUCACUCUGUAGUGUUGACGCCCGUGCGAGCAAUCCCUGUGCUUAGGGUGCAAUCGCAUCGCGCUUUUAGAAAGGUCGAUCGCUCUCGUUAACUGCAGGAUCGUCACCGGAGUACCGGAGCCAGCACUUUGUCAUCUGAAUGCACAAUGGGAUCGUAACCUGACUCGACAGCCAUCACCUCGCAAAGCCGGCAUGUAAGUAGAAGCCGAAGCUGAGCCGAUGACGAGACGGGUCCACUAGGGCAUUUGGUGGCACGCCCUUUAUGCACGCGGCUUCCUCACUGGAUUCGGACGGCUUUGAGGGUGUCCAGAGCAGCAGCAGCCGAACACCCCUUCUGCGGACCAGGGCUCUGAGUGAUCAGACAGCCUGCUUGAUGGACACGGGGGAGCUGGACGUUACAAUGCCGGACAAGAAGGCAUCCGCGGGGCCACUGCGACGCGUGGACUGGCUGCACUUUGUGCGCACACUGCAUCUAGAGCUGUUCCUGUUUGUGUACGCCGUGUCAUACUCCAUGCGGCUCGUCAUGACCCAGGACCUACUGCUCACCAAAGCCUGUCUGCAGCGGUACAGCAUCAAUGCCACAGCAUGCCGCAACCUCUCCUGGAAUAAGACUAUCAAGGACGAUGUCACACGGUAUGCUAACGUCCACAAUUUGGCCCUGUUCCUCAUUCAAUUUGUGCCAGCCGGCCUUCUCUCCAUCUUCGUCAGCCCCUGGAGUGACCGUUAUGGCCACAAGAUACCGCUGCUCAUUGCCACGGCCGGUGGCAUCCUGCAGGACCUAACCACACUCUUCACCGUGAUGUCCAUCAGCACGCCGCUGUACGCCACUGUCCUCUGUGCGAUCCCCAAUGGUUUUAGCGGUGGCCUUGUGUCCGUGUGUGCUUCUGUCUACAGCAAUGGCACGCGGACAGCCUCAGCUGAACUAAAAACAGUGCGUUUCGCUUGCAUCAUGACAGCGCUGACGCUGGGUUUUCAGCUGGGACUGUUUGUCGGCGGCCAGGUGUUUCGCGCAGCGGGAGGCAACUACACGGCAAUCUACGUGACGUCGGCCAUCUUGCUGGCGUUCAUGUUUGUGUGGAUUGGCUGGACAGUGCCGUUCAGUAGCCAGCUUCACCGGACAAGCAGACGGGAGCUUCUGCGAGACUUGAUGCGACUAGACAACUUGCGUGAGGGCAGCCGGGCAGUGUUCCGGCCACGGCCGGGCUUCAACCGGGCCAAGCUGCUCCUGCUCAUGAUCUCCAUCUGGUUCAUUCUCUUCAACAGCGAGACGGCACGCAACAUCAAUUACUUCUACACGGAGACGCGGUUCGACUGGAGCCCCGUCAAGUUCUCCAACGUGACUGCCUUCUUCGGCCUGGUGCAGCUGUUGGCCACGGCCGUGUGCGUGGUCGUGCUCAGCCGCCUACUGCAGGUCCGGGACCUGGUGCUUGCUUGCCUGGGAGUGGUGGCUUUCGCCCUGCAGAAUGCCGUCAAAGGCGUCUCCACGCAAGAGUGGAUGUACUAUCUCAGUUACGUCCUAGGUGCGCCCGGUGGAGCAGCAGGCAUCGGGAUUUCGUCCUAUGCCUCCAAGCUGAUUAGCCCCCAUGAAGCCACCAAGGUGUUCUCAUUCUGGACAACAUGUGAAUCGCUGGUGCCUGCGUUUGGAGACAUCUUCUCUUCGCUGGUGUUCAAUGCCGCUCUGAGCUACCAGCCUGGGCUGCCAUUCCUGAUCGGUGCCAUCCUGCAGCUCUUCCCAUUAGCUGCACUAAUACUCUGCUUGCAGAUGCCUCAUGCCGACCCCGAAGACGAGGACGAGACCAUCCUCGAGCCCGACCGGGACGGUUCCACAAACCAGCUGCCGCACUCACUUUGAAGGAUGUGAUCAGGAAUGCCUCUUCGCCGCCCUCUGCAUCAGGGAUGGGCUACCCUGCCCAGUUCUCGCAGGCCCAUACUGUUACAGGGCAUGUCUCCUGAAUGCCGAGUGCUUGGCACCCAAAAUGCUGCCUGGGAUUCUAGAAUCACAGAGCACCGGUACCAGGGCACUAGUCCAACCAUCAGUGCCAAGCAGCAGGUGGAGGUCACCUACUCAUUGCUCUGUGGAUAUAGUCUUGUUGGCAGGUUCUAAACGUGCAACCCGGUGAGCUCACUCCAGAGCAGGGCAUCGUGUGUUGCGCUAUACCCUAAGAAAAAGUUUACAUGCUUUAGGGCCUCUCUUGUCCCCAAAGCAUAAUCGUCACCCAUCUUGCGUGCCUUUCUUUAAUGCUGCGUGCAUGGUAAAUUAUCCUGGCCCCGAACGGCAUGUGCAUUAUUGGCGUGACGCAGCGUUCUUGUACAGGAAAGUAGCAAGCACAGAGUUUUCAAGAAAGGAAAUGCAAGCAAGGCGCAUGAUAAUUAUUGUUUGGAAACAAGUAUGCCCCAAAGAGUCCAAACUUCUUUUUGUUUGGAGUGUAUCAUCCAGGGCACAACUGUUGCACAUUUGACACCGGGUGUGGAAAACCCCUGCAGUAUCCAUCCGCAGUAUCAACUCAGGCAUUCUGCAGCUCGAGCACAAGGUCGCAGGUUGGAAUCCCGGUUGUGGCAGUCGCAUUCUGAAGGGUGCGGAAUGCAAGAACACUCUGGCACUUUGCUUUGCGUGCAAACGUUAAAGAAAUCCAGGCAGUCUAAAUUAUUCUGGAGCUUGUUUGUCAAAUUAAUGUGGAACUUAUUGCAGCCUGUCUUUUUCCUUUGGGACAAACCCUUUAAUUUAAUUUUUUUUAUUGUGGAAUCGCAGAAUACUGUAAGAGUGAUCUGGAAAUAUUAACCAGCCAGCAUGUUGCCCAGCUACAGUAUGAAACUUCCUUUGCUAUAUGGUGCUUCCUAAAAAGUGCAUGAAAUGGCAAGGCACCUCAGCUAUUCAAACAAGACAGGUGAAGAGGGCGACUUGGAAUUGGCCAGAAAUGUGGCAUUCUAGCCAGAAAUGUUUUCAUUCUAAACCUUUUUUUUAAAUCAUUACUGCAUCGGUUUCAACAGUACUGUUAGGCACAUGGCAUCUGCGUUCCUUUGUAUUUGCUAGGUACUCCUAUUCUUUUAAGCACAAGUGACAUUUAAAGCUUUCAAGCCACCGUACAUGGCUAGGUCUUUUGCUGGACCAUAAGGUGGUCUCUCUGUAGAACUUUUACCAUGCCUGAGGCAGUGAAAGGGAAUCCACAAGGUAUACCACAGGCUUCUUAGAGUGGCGGUUCACUUCUGUUGCAAAUCCUUGAUACUACACAUACAUUUUAGAGCUUUAAACAUGCACUGGAAACACUGCCAUCACUGUCAAUGUUUUGAUGCAGAAGCAAGCCUUCUGAGCUUGAUGACUCAAUGAAUUUAUAUCCAUAUUUUUGUGGUGAGCAUGGCAAUAUGCUACUGGAAGCUGCCAUUUCCCUUUUUGGCGGAUGAAUGGACUUGCUAGGCCCUCUAGGCAGCCAUAGAGAGAAAUUCUUAAAUGUUAAAAUGGAGCGGACAAGCCCAGCUUGUUACCGGCACUUUGAAUGAGCCCCCAAACGCUUGAACACGUCAGACUCGUCCUUGGCAUCUUUUGAUAAAAAAAUAAUUGUAACCAAGAAAGACUCGUACACGGCGUUGAAAGGAUUAAGAAUGCAAAGAAAUACAUGGACAAAUCAAGGAACUGUACGGGGUCUUUCCUUUUUUACUAACUGUUGUAUUUCAGGAAGACGUAAAUCCUACACAAAGAGAUCCCCUGGCCUUUUCCCCAUGGGUGUGUGAGUCGUUACUCUCGUCACAGUAACAGCAAGCUCCUGAUUAUGAAGCUAUUAGACGAGGGGCUCAAAUUAAGAUGCGUCCCGUCCUAAUUUGCACCCCUCGUCUAAUAGCUAUCUGUCAACCAACUAGCCCAACACGAAGUGCCACUUCUUGUGAAGCUUUCUGAUUGCCUAGUCUAUGAGCCUAGUGUUCCCUAACUUCAUUGACAAUUCUAGUUUUGCACUACCCUCCCUUGCUGUCGUCAGCACAGAUGGUUGUUUGUUUACUUAUUUCAUGUUUGAUGCAACAACUUGAUAUUCGGCGGUUUUUAUGUGUAAAUCGAGGACAAGAACAUGUGAAAUGGCAGACUAUUUGUGAGCGAAAACCCAUCGGCAUUGAUUACAUUUAGCAACAUUCCUAACCAGGUGCCCUAUUUGAUGUCUUUGUUUUUUGUUCUUAUGCAUCCAUCAUGGAAAAAGUAGUGUGAAAACACAGAAAUGAGUCUUGGACAUAGUGCAGGCUGUCACUCUCAACUGUCUGACUUAGUACUGCAUUGGUUGCAGCAUAAAUGUGGGGAAAGAACAACAAAAUGGAUGAAAUGCAAGAGUCGAGGAGUGCCAACUGCGAAAGCAGGGAGGAAACAUCAGACAAAGGAUGACCACUGUCAAUUCCAGAUGUGUAGGAAAUGUCACUUUCAUGCACUACCACGUGAGCGCGCCUUGUAUGUUUCUCAGUUCCAAGCCCCAUUUUUAUUGUUUUCUUUUUAUUCUCAAUUAUUUUUAUUCUGUUUUUAAUUAUGGUCACCUACUAACUAGCUUGUCUUUGAAUACGCUCUACUUACGUGUUUUGCAUUAGACCCACUAGAGGGCAGCAUAAUAUCGGCAACCGAGAACCACAUCAUCUUGGCUAAAGGGAAGAACCUGUAACAGCUGUUGCUGUUAUAGAUUACAGUACUUUAAAUUUCUAGCUAUGGCUCUGAGUAAACCAUAAAAUGCACAGGACUGGUAAAUGGUGCUUUUUUUUUUUCUUUCCAUCGCCCCUUCCUCGGAACUUGUGCUUCAUAUUUCUUAGCUGGUACUAUGCGCACUUUCUGUCUUGAGGUUUUCUGACAAUGCCCUCUUGCCUCUCUGCAUCCUAACCGAUCAGAAAAAGCGAGUACAUAAAAAAUUAAUGCAUGAAGUGUAGCAUGACCACCAUGUGUAGUACUGUAUUUUCCGGUCUAUAGCUUGCAACUGCCUCAAAACUGCAGUCUCUAAAAAAAAACGUGUGUAAGUCGCACCGGCGUACAAGAUGCACCUGUUCAUUUGGUACGCAAUUUAAAUAAGAUACAGUGAUGUUUCACUUCGCAAGCAAUGAUCUGGACACUCCAGGCGCACUUCCGCCGUCAUGUUCACCGCAUUGUUUCGCUUAAAGUCCAAGGGCGAGAAAAUCAUCCCCACGCGCCGUAUGCUGUAUGUGCGAGUGAAAGUGUGCAACGGUGAACCGAAUAGCACACGAGAGAGGAAAGCGGGAAGGCAGUGCGAGAGGGAGGGGGGUGCGGCUUGUACUCCGGCAGCAACUGCGUAGCUUGCGCAGCGGCGUGUGCCAUAUCUUGAAAACGACCUGCAGAUGGGAUGACUUUGGAGUCAGUCUACUUGUGGCUGGCCUGCCGCCGCUUGCAUUGCUGCUCCAUCCAAACAUGGCGCUCGGCAGCUCCAUCACAAGAAGAACCCGGUACCUCCACAGUGCGCACACAACCCCUAGCAACUGCCAGAGCAGGUCAAUUCAGCGUGCUUUAUGUGGCCAUAGCAUCCAAUCCGAUUUUGAUAGCAGUUCUUUCUGAAAAAAAAAGAAAGAAAGAAAACGUACAUAAGUCGCACACUUCUAUAAGACUCACCGACAAAAAAUUCAGAAGAAACAUGUGACAUUUACACAAAUUCAGAAAAAAAAUUUACAUAUACAAUGGAAAAUACAGUACUAACCUGGGCAUUUGUGGCGUCACAUUUUGUGAUGUUCACAGUGUAACAGUGGCAGCCUUUGAAGCAAUGUCGAGGUCAAGCACAUUAUGGCUAGAGCACUGCUUGCUUGUGUGCAUUGAGAAAUAAUGAUGUAGCAGGAUACUGUUUCCUGUGGUCUCGCCAACAAAUACCAGAUAACCUUUUGCUGCUUUUGAGAUGACAUCUUGAUGUUUGAGUGCUCCUAAAGCUAACAGGAAAGCAAAGACUGCCAGCUUUUGAUUCACCUUUUUCUGUCAUGGACAGCUGUCAACAUGUAGUGCAAGCCAGCUGACCUGAUGGCUUUGUGAAUGUGUGUGCUUAUGUCAGAGAGUACCUGUUGCAGCAUAGUGGCCAAAAUAAGUUCCACACGGGGAGUCCUUUUGAGACACCAGCCUGAUUGUGUUGCCUUUUGUGCGUAGCUGUCAUGAGUUUUGAUUCUGUGCUGUGGUCAGUGGAGCACCACGAAUGUGUUUAUUUGUUGUCAGCAAGCUGCCAAGGGCAGAUCUGUUGGGCAUGCCUUGUGGGUGAGCUUGUAGUGACUCUCAUACAAUGGGCUUAGGCUGAAACAAGUCUCUCUGCGAGAACGGUAGUGUAGCAGAAUCGAAAGCUGCAUGAGUUGAUGUGGUUGCAUGACGCCACGUGGCGCAGGAAACAAUGGACAGAUUACACGAUGUGUUGCGCAGACAGGGAAGAGCAGAAGACGGAAGACAUGGAAUCUUCUCCGUCAUAUUGUGUGCCCCGUAUGCGCUCCACAUUACAUAAUGCAAUAUCAAUUAAGCCCAUUGGUCUAUUCUUUUGAACAGAUGAGAAAAUGGGACCAAUAAAUGUGCACUACCAAGUAAAGUUUAUUGAAGAACGCAAGAUGCAGAGGAAAACAACAGCCAAAGUGCACAUGUGGAAUUAGUCAAAUAAGGGCACUUUGGUGGUGGGGUGAAGAGUGGCGGGACGCGUGACACAAUGUGGCUAUAUUAAACACAGCUCACACUGGCCAAGGCCUCUCCUAGACUUUACAUACCCAAGAGCAACUGGCACUACUCUUUGGUACAGUCAAACCUCAUUAUAAUGAAGUUGCAUCUGGUGAGAAAGUUAUUGGUCUGAUAUUUCUUAUGAGCACAUACUGCUUAUAUUCUGAUAACGGUGAGAAACAUAUUUAAUUUACUUUGUUAUAACUGAUAAUUCAUUACAUCGGUGUUCGUUUUAUUGAGCUCUGGCUGUACGUGCUUACUAAAGCUUCCCAAGACUAGUGAGUGGUUCUUUUUCGUAACCUUUGAGCUUUGAGCUCGUACACAGACAAUCAAAUGUCCUGCAUGCUUGCGACUAUGGCAUGUGCCGAGGGCUCGGCUUCAGAAGGCUUGCAUUACUUGGGCAACUGUGUUUGUUUUCUGACUACAUUUUGUUGGCUGUUUGUUUGUUCUGUUUGUCUGUUUGUGAGUGACCUCCUCCUGCAUGCUGUGAUUUUAAGUGCAUUCACUCACUGGAGUGUUUCUUAGUUUAUGUUUUAAUCCAGACAUAUCAGGUAUCCACUUUUGUUCCUUGUUAUUAGAGAGUUUUAGCUUGUCCGCAAACUUUUUACCAUUUGCAGAUUGCCCAAUUACUGAUGAUGCAAACAUGAGAAGCCGGGUUGGUGGCGCCACCUGGUGGCACAGAUCUCAGCCGGACAAACAUAGCCAUUUUUGCAGUAACCAAGUGUGAUCUACUUCGCUGCUGGUGUAAAUUUAUGGCAGCGGUGUAAUCGUGACUUUUCUUUUUUUUUCUACGAGAACACUCGUGAAGCACAAAAAUGCAAAAAUGGCUUUGUGGUUCGAUGAAGGAGCAUAAGAUGUUGCUACCGUAUAACUCUCCAGUAAGCCAGUGAAUCACAAAAGGUAAGAAGUUCUUGGACAGGCUAAAACGCUCUAUUGUUAGGGGGUUAAGUGUUGCCGUGAUUUGGUUACUGACUCUGCAUAGGUGCAGGCGCCAUGCAGCAGCAGCUGCAGUAUUACUCAAAGUUUAGGUCGCCUUAUUUAUGGAAAGCCAUUCAAGUGUAUGCGCUGGUUGUGCAUUGUUACUUGCUCCUUAUUAGUCCUUUCUUUUAGGUUCUUCUGUGUCAAUUUAAAAAACAUUUUGAGAUAUCUGUAUUUUUGUUUUUUAGAAAAAUAUUUUGCUUGCUUUUGUAUAAUUUCACCAAGUACCAUAGGCACUUUUUAUUUUUUAUUCCGGAAGUGAACUCUUCUUCUGCACCCCUAAAUAAGCCUCUCAUGCUUGCUUUUCAAAUAGCUACUGCUGGGUCACUGUCUUGCAUUCAGCCUUUACAUGGUGGCACUGCUGUUCAAACACUCCUUAAGAAGCACGAUGAGAAAUAACAUGGAUGCUCAUAGCCAAACAGCGUAAGGCCACGUACUAAACCAUUUAACAGCACCUGCAAGCACACAUUUGCAGGCCUUUUGCACUGCUAGUCUUUCUUGCAUAAGCACCGAUCCCGAACUGUUGUCUCGACACAGUAUGAAGACAAACACAGACUACAAAAGAUUUAGUAAUUGAUGUUAAUGUUUGGGCUCCUACAUGCGAACCUUGAUCACAAUGAGAUCGUUGUGUUUUCUUGCUGAUGCAUUGUGUUUCAUCAGGCCAUAAUAUCGACAGGUAACAGGAACGUGUGAUUGCAAAAGAAAAGAAUGCAGUAAACUUCUGUUAAUUCAAAUUCCGUUAAUUUGAUCCCGACCUAAGGUCUCGGCCAGCACCCAUGCAUUCCUAUGACCCCCAAUUUCAGUACUACUCAACACACGUAAGCCUGACCCCUAUAGUGACCCCAACAGCGACCCCUUUAGUGGCAAUGUCAUCCCGGCGGAGCUUAGGGGACAGUGAAUGCAUCAUCUCACAUCAGUAAACACAAAUCAUUUCUCGUCCAUUUUUGGCCCGUCCUAGACAGAUGUUCAAGCAAUAACUGUAGCUCACAGCGUUUGAUUACGAAAUUUGCCUGAUUCUUAGGCAUGCCUUUCUUUUUUAAAGAAAAUUGGGCCAAAACUUACCUGCACAGUGCAAUCGAGCAUAAUAUCAAAACUGCCUUAGCAACGGUUGCAUGCUUUACCGCAUAACGUUGGUGUAUUGCGGCGUAGCUGAUGUUUAAAUAAAACGUGUGUCAAAGCUGAUUUUAGAAAACUGGCUGUCUUUGUGCAACGAUCUUUCUUCCAAGAAAAUCUGGUGCAUGUUAGAUUUGUUAUUCCUACAUUACUUAACUAUUUUAAUUCCUAGAAAGUGCAUGCACGUUCGAUUUGGGGGCGUGGUAGAAUAGGGCAAAUACUGCCACAUGAACCAGCGGUGUUUUUUUUUUAAUUUUGUUUAAUUUCACCCGUCGAAUAAUUCAAUCAGUUUCGUUGGUCGCAUCAGGGUCAAAUUAAUGGCAGUCAACUGUAUAAUCAUGCAUCUUUAUGUAGAGCCUGCUACACAUUUAAACUGUGACGGGCAUUCUCAACGGAAAUGAUGGUAAUUUACCACCCAUAUAUGCUAAGCAUCUCGGCCACAUUAUGUGGCAUACUUAAUCUACUUUUUUGUUUCUUUUAAUUAUGUUGUGAACAAUGCUCCCGUGUGGAAGCCAUAAUGUUAAGCUCACUAAAUCUUUUGUUGUCGGCGUUUGUAAUCAUCUUUCAUCACAUUCUUUCCCAACCUGAUGGGGUUCCAUCAUACGAUUGAUUUAAACGUGUUGCGUCUGGGGGUGCACACUCAGCAGAUUUAUUAAUGAGCUGGCGCAUUGUCAUUUGCUCCAGAGCGCUUCCGAUCGUUGUCAUCACAGGCCUAAUGAAACCUUCUCUGGAACAUCCUUUUCCCAAGCAGUCCCUGCACCUGUGCCUUCUCUACCUACAUCAGUGAGCUUAGUAAGCCCAUCAGUCCAUCUUAUUUGAGAGAAAGCAUAGGAGGGAUGACAGGCACUGGUAAGAUAUCGAUCUCGAUCGUCAAGUUAGUUGUAUCCACUGAUAAAAUUGCUGACUCAGUAAACAUCUCUCAUCUCGCCGCACUUGGCACGACUGAAUAUUCAUCAAAGAAAGCAUUUAUCCAAUGUUUUGGGCACCACAAGACAAUUUAUUACUGAGCGGUCUACACAAGAGAAUGCAGGACAUCUGAACAAUGUUAUCUAUUUGUGAUGGGUGUGACACCAAAAAAAUUGGCAACAGUUCCCUAUUGCAACAACUGCCUUUGACAAAAGACUGGUUGGAAGAAAAGACAAGCUUUAUUUAUUUAUCAUUUUACACCGCAGUCGACUUGCAAUAACUUGGACCCUGGUGCUUACAAAUGUCACGGAUUUAAUCAGGGUUUCAUAUCCUUAAUCCACUUUGAAGUCACUUUGUACUGACAAUUAAGGCAGUCAAUUCAAGCAUCUAGAGCCAGAGUGACACAAUUCAGUGUAAUUGAUGAGAUAACAUUUAUAAGGGACGUAGUAAACUCUAUAUGGCACAGCUUUACAGAAAUGUAAUUUUAGAGAAGUGGACCAGAAGAAAGCAGCUUAAGGUCAAACGGAAGGUGUGGAGUUUGGCACAUCUCCCUUUUGACUGCCAAAUUAAUUUUUUUAAAAAGCAUUCUCAAAAUACAGAUUUUUUUAAUGCUUGAUGAAUCAGCUGAUAAAUAAAUGCCAGAAACAUAUUCAGAAUUAUAUAUUCAUUUAGAGAACACACAUCAAAAAUAUUUUUAAUGCUAAAUAAAGUUGACUUCAUUGCACAGCUUGAAGCUGCCUUUUUUAGCACCAAUAAAGAAAAAAAAUAUGGAACAUCCCAAACACGACUUCUAUGCCCUGUGAGAGUUCAUUGCCAUGCGGGAUCACAUUUAGUCUUUAGGAAGGCCUCACUUAAUGUGGCCUCACUUAUUGUGUCCCGAAAUGACAGCAGCGACGCCUUUUUUUCUUUUGCAAACUUUAAAAAGGCCUCUGUUGAGAUUUCAUAUUGUGAAGUGUGUCUUCAAAGAGGGCUCGCGACGUUUAAUGCAGACAGCUGGCUCCCGAAAAACACGGCGGUGGGACCUGGCUAUCGAGCGGGCGGGGGUAGCAUGCACACUUCUUCCUUCUUGUUGUUCUUGCCUCUUCUUUUGCACUGUGCCUACUACUGCAGGUGGCAAUAUGUUUUUCGGAACUGUCUACGACAGAAAAACAGAACUAGGUGUGUGGACGCACCAAGAUUGUCCUUGCUGUGAUAAAUUGGUACUUUUUAUUGUGGACUCGCCCAGCUCAUCUAUAGGAGGUUAAAGGUUAAGAAAAGAUAACCGGCCAAGGACAGCAGACCUUUAGGUGGUGUGGCACACAGAGUUACCUACAAAAAUUACUAGCUUGAACUGUGCUGCUAGUGUUUGCAGUAGCCGCAAAGCACGGUGUUUUAGCCAGCAUGGGUACUAUGGGGAUUUGCUUAAACAUCCUCCUCCUGGCUUCAAACAGCUUUAUCACUUUGCAGGUCGAUCACUUUCAACAAAAUAUAUUGCAUUAUAAAUGCAACAAUUCACAAUGAUUAUGUGUGUGUGCAAAUAUUAAUUGGCUUUGUGCAUUUCGGAAAAUACGGUUGCUUGGGGAAUUUGGAAAGAUAUGGUGGAAUAAAUGUUUCAACAAGAACAUCUGGAGCCAUGAGCUCAAAGAUUAGACAAAUCCAUGCACUGCCGUGACAGCUGGACCAGCACCAGAGUCCCCCAGUGAUUUUUGUAGGAAAUUCCAUGGUGAGGUGAGAUUAGAACAUCUUCAGUCAUACGACUCUCUUGACUAAUGAAACAUGAGGAGUCUUUCAUUUUGCAGUGGACAUGAAUCAGGCCAGCGAUGAUGAAUUGCGAAGCAUUAUUCUGGAACAGAUGUGUGCCUUCGCUGCUCUUGACUGCAAUAUUAAUUUUAGGGAUUGCACUGAGCUCUCGCUGUUUGUUGUGCUAUGUUCUCUGCUUGCUGUUUUACUAGGUCUUUCGUUAUCUGUAUUGUUGUGCUGCAUGUAACAACUGUGAUGACCAGCUCAUGAAGCGCCGGAUGUAUUGAGGAACCGAACAACACAUGAGCUGAUUGCAAAGGCGGGUGUGUUGGAAAGGGAAACGAGUUUUCUUUUGAGUUUUUCCUCCGAGAGAAAUAUUGAUGCCAGAAUGGCGAAUGGUCUUUCCUUAAACUACUUCUUGCUCUUUUUUUUUUAGGCCAGGCUUGCCAAAUCAGUCUUGCCCUCGUGUGAAAUUUUGUGAUUCUCUUUUGUUUAGUGUUAUUUUAUAAAAUGGGUGACUCAUGCAGCUCUAAGCCCAUCUAGAAAUGCCUAUUCUGGUAGUUUUUAUCUAGUCCUUGCUUUUCUUGGAUAUACACUUGCGCAUUUUUUUAAUUAUUAUUAUUUCUUUGUUACCCUUUGGGCUGAUGCACUGUGGCACAUUUUAAUCAUUUUUACCUGCUUCUGCCUUCAAUUGAGAAGGUUGUUGAUUGAAUAGCUAGCAAUUUGGUGCUGGCUUAAAUGAAGCCUUAAGUAUAACCACUGUUGCAAAAUGUAGCUGUGAAUAAAUGUACACGGAGUUAUGUUUUAUAACAGAGUGCUGCUUGUGAGCCACAACUGUUGACUGUGAGUUUGCCUUCUUGCCUGCACUCAAGUAACAGCCUGUAUUAUUGGUUGUUAAAGAAGCUUUUAUUUUUGGCUCUGUAAUAAAGGGUGAUCUCUGCAACG